UUAUUGCUCAAAAUGUUGGCGUGUUUAACGUCGCUGUUAAUAUCAGUGGGUGUCGUGUUCAUUUUUAGGUUUAUUAAUAUGAAGUAUAAACCGGCAAUAUUGGGUAUUUAUCAACAACAAAACAAAACUUACUGGUUUAAAUUUGUAUUUAUGUACUCUUUUCUUACAGCGAAACAGGUAAUCAUAUAUUUGAAGAGACUUUUAGCCAUAGAAUCAGGUCGUAGUCCUGACGGAGUUGUACAUGUCCAAGAAAAUGACGUUAAACUAGAGCAGAAAUACAAAUUGGACGAUCAUACGAAGGGAAUAGAUGGCGUUUACUUUAAUGGAAUUUCUGAAAAUGGAGACGUAAUAAUUUGUGGAUUAGCUAGAAGACCAAAUCGAAUUUGCGAUUCUUUCUUAUAUUUAAAGUUUAAGAAUGAGGACCUUCUACUGUCACCUAGACUUCCAGAUACAUAUGUGCAACAAACAAAGGAGGAUGAGGAUGAUUAUAGCGUCCAAGGAAUUAAAAUUAAAAACUUUAUACCUAUGCGUACUUGGAAGCUAUCCUACAACGGAGAAAUGAAGUCAAGAAGUGACGUCAAUAAAUCGGUAAAAGUGUCAGCCGACCUCACAUGGAGCGCGCAGUGGGCGCCAUUCGAGUAUGACACGCAGAUGUCCCCAUACAGUGUAGCUGACGACAUGGCGAGGGAACCUUGGUCGAGUGACUAUUUUAAACUUGUUAAGAAACUUCAUCAAACGCAUUAUGAGCAAAUGGGAUCCAUUACCGGGACCGUGACAGUUGAAGACAAAACAUACAAUAUGACCGUGCCCUGUGUCAGGGAUAGGAGUUUUGGACCUUUACGGGAUUGGCGCAACUUUCAUCGCUACGUUUAUCAUUUCAUGUUCCUGCAGAACGGCGAUUGCAUGGCUAUUGGUAGUGUUUCGCAACCCGCUAUAAUGUCACACCUUACCAUUGGAUAUUUAUGUACGAAGGCAGAUCAGAGUGUAGUUCCUGUGUACUCAUCCGAUUUCCAUCUUUACCAACACGGAGAAAAUCAAAUUCUUCCCAAGGAUUAUGGUUUUCAAUUUAAAGCUGGAGGUCAAUCAUACGCCGUACGAGUUCAAGUAUUCGAUGAAGAUAUGUUUUACAUUGGAAAGGAUAGAGAGGCGAAGUUCUACGAGAGAUGGAGCAACGUCGAAGUAAACGGCGUUAAAGGAAAAGCUUGUGUGGAAUGGCAGUACAAUAAUACGCAAAAAUAA